AUGGACGAUGGCACGAACCGGAGGGGGCCCGCGAAGCUGCCAGGCCCGGACACUCCGGCCGGUGGGGCCCACGCCCCAUGCGGGGCGUGCAAGUUCCUGAGGAGGAAGUGCGUUGCGGGCUGCAUAUUUGCCCCGCACUUCGGGCCAGACCAAGGCCCAGCCCGGUUCGCGGCCGUGCACAGGGUGUUUGGGGCCAGCAACGUGUCCAAGCUGCUCUCCCGCAUCCCAAUGGGCCGCCGCCAUGAUGCGGUCGUCACCAUCUCGUACGAGGCCCAUGCCCGAUUGUCCGACCCAGUUCACGGCUGCGUGUCAACCAUUAUGGGCCUGCAACAACAGGUGACAUCACUUCAAGCAGAGCUAUCAAUGGUGCAAACUCAGCUUAUGAACAGCAGAAUUUUGAUGGCAAAUGCACUUCACACCUGGCCGCCGCCACACCACCACCACGAUGUGGCGGCGGCAGGGCUGCAGCCAGCAUAUUCCGGCACCUCGUCAGCUUCCAACAAUAAUCACUUUAGCGUGCAUAGUUUCGGGCCAAACAGCCUUAACGAAACCGCAUUUUCCAAUUGUUUUGAGCCCAAUAUCCCUCAUCUUUUGGGCCGGGCCUUGCACGAGGAGGAAGAGGACGAAAGCCAUGACCCAGUUGCCUUAGCUAACCGCAUUUUUCUCUAG